AUGGCAUCGUAUCAAAGGCUCUGCAUCAGAAAUUUCACAAUCUUCUUCUGCUUAGUAUCGUUGGCUUCAAGUCAGAAAGUCACGUUGAGCCUAUACUACGAAGCUCUAUGCCCAUACUGUGCAGAAUUCAUCGUUAACCACUUGCCUAAGAUCUUCCAAAACGGAUUAAUCUCAGCCAUUGAUCUCCAGCUCGUUCCAUGGGGCAACACCGUUAUCAGACCAGAUGGCACCAUUCUCUGCCAGCACGGAGAAGCUGAGUGUGCGCUCAAUGCAAUUCAUGCCUGUGCAAUAAACGCAUACCCUGAUGUGAUGAAGCAUUUUGGAUACAUCUAUUGUACGGAACAAUUGGUCUUGGAAAACAAGCUCGAAAAAUGGGCUGAUUGUUUUGAAAUGGUUGGAUUGAGCAGAGCAGCGCUUGAUUGUUGCUUCAAUGGGUACGGAAACCAGCUUGAACUGAGGUAUGCUGAAGAAACUUCGGAACUUUAUCCAGCACAUAAAUUUGUGCCAUGGGUGGUUGUGGAUAACCAACCACUUCAAGAGAACUACCAGAACUUUGUAACGUAUGUGUGCAAUGCAUAUGGAAGCAACCAGGUGCCAGAAGCGUGCAGGAUCCUCAACCAUUCGGUGGAGACAAUAAGCAGGUUCAACAGUUCAGUGGAGAAGCUAAGUUAUAGUCACCAAGUUUGCUAUUCCAACCAGUAA